CGCGGUGGGGCGGGGCCUGCUUGGGAGGGGCGGGGCCCCGAGUCUGCGGACCCGCUGGGCCUGGCUGGGGGCGGGGUGCUGAAUCUGGAGGCGGGGCAGUGAGCUUGUGGGAGGGGUGGGGCGGGGCCUAACUGGGAGGGCAGGAAGCUGAGUCUAGGGGGCGGGCUAGAGGGCAGAGCUGGCUGAGGGUACUGCUAACCUGGCAGGGCCAGGCUCUAGGGUGGGGAGGGGUGGGAGUGCGGUCGCGGAGUCGAGAACCUCGCGGGACCCCGCGCCCUCCUCAACCGAGGUACAAGGGCUUUCGCGACGCUCAGAGGAAUCUCACCCUCUUCUACUGGAAGCUGCUGGCUGUGCGUCUGGGCUUCAUCAUCGCCUUCGAGCACGUGGUGUUCUUCCUGGGCCUCAUCGCCUGGCUCGUGCCCGACGUGCCAGCCGCCCUGGCUACCAAGAUAAAGCGCGAGCGUUACCUGGCCAAGCAGGCGCUGGAGGACGACAGGGAGGCGCUACUUUCGGUUAGCGCCGCCCACGGACCCUGGCCCCACCCUCUGACCACGCCCCUCUGCCUGCCCCCAGGCCUAUGCUCUGCUUUCUUGCCCCGUCCUCUUGCUUGGCCUCGCCCGGGGGCAGGAUUGGCCGCUUGUCCUCAAAUUUUCGCCUGGCCUCCCUCUUCAUCCAGCUCCGCGCACGCUACGCCCCUUCUUUUACACUGUUUCCACCACUGUCGCUUCUGCUCUGGAGGGCCCUCCUGCUCAGCCCGACCUAGCCUUGCUUUCCGUCCACUGCAACAAGGGCGCUGUUCCCAGAGCCUAGGACGUAGGGUCGAGUGAGGAGAGACUGCCCUUCCAAGACCCUAGUUCCCCCAGGAUCCUCCCUCCUUUGGGGUCCUCUGCUUCCAGCUAGGGGUCUGGGCAGUACCUUGGCCAGCGGCCCCAAGGUCGGCCCUGGAGUUGGGCUUAGAGGGCUGGGGUUCUCUGAAGACCCCUAGUCCUGCAUUGCCUCCCUCUUCAUGUUUCCAGUGUCCUGCUCUAUGUGCAACGCUGACAAUAAUCCUCUCUGCGCCCCAGCGUGCCACCUCUCCAUGGACAUCUGGUCCCCAACCGCUCUGUGCAGUGUCUCCUCAUUAUGUGACUGUGCUCUGGGGGGCGAAGUGGAUAUGAAGGAGUGAAGGGACCUAACCUCUCUGAACUGAAUGGUCAGCAGUUGGCCCAGGUGGGUGGCAGAGCAAAGGAGGAAUGGACUGUGGGCCACCUCCCGCCCUCCAGUCCCAUCUGGCUGGGCCACCUGGCACUGCCCACCGCCCAGUAGCUGUGUGCCAGCAGGAGAGUCUGUCCUUUGCGGAGUUGCCCACCCUGCAGCCCCCGAGCCCUGUGUGUCUGGAUCUCUUCCCCGUCGCUCCAGAGGAGCUGCAGGCACCUGGCAGCCGCUGGUCUCUGGGGACCCCUGCUCCUCUCCAAGGGCUGCUAUGGCCACCAUCCCCAGGAGGCCCAGACACCGAGAUCUCUACCGGUGGGGGAAUGCGGCCCAGCAGGGCUGGCAGCUGGCCACACUGUCCUAGUGCCCAGUCCCCAGCUCUCGAGGGACCCUGGAGUUCCCAGCACCUACAGCCACAGCGCCGGGCCAGCCACGGCUCGGAGAAGAAGUCAGCCUGGCGCAAGAUGCGGGUGUACCAGCAAGAAGAGGCCCUUGGCAGCCCUGAGGCCCAUGCUGUCUUCCUAGAGCCAAGCCAGGCGACAGAACAGGCCCUGAGCACAGCAGAGCCUAGGCCGCUGGAGCUGCCUGGGCCCACCCGAGUGGGCCUCGAGGGGCCUGAGCGGAGGCGCUUCUCAGCCUCUGAGCUGAUGACCCGGUUGCACUCUUCCCUGCGCCUGGGACGGAAUUCGGCAGCCAGGGCACUGACCCCAGGGUCAGGCCCUGGAGCUGCUGCCCGGGAAGGGAAAGCGUCUGGAAGAGAGUCGCGCAGUGUAGAGAUGCGGGUGGACGCUAUGGCGAUGCCGGCUCUUGUUGACCUGAGCGGGGGCUACGGCAGCUGGCCCGAGCCCAGGCUAGAUGCGCAGGAAGAGCCGGCUCCGGGUUCCAGAAGCGCCAGCGAGCGGCGCCAGUCACGGUUCCUCCUUAACUCGGUCCUCUACCAGGAAUAUAGCGACGUGGCCAGCGCCCGCGAACUGCGGCGGCAGCAGCGCGAGGAGGAGGGUCCGGGGGACGAGGCCGAGGGCGCGGAGGAGGGGCCCGGGCCGCCGCGCGCCAACCUCUCCCCGAGCAGCUCCUUCCGGGCGCAGCGCUCGGCGCGAGGCUCCACCUUCUCGCUGUGGCAAGACAUCCCCGACGUGCGCGGCAGCGGCGUCCUGGCUACGCUGAGCCUGCGCGACUGUAAACUGCAGGAGGCCAAAUUUGAGCUGAUUACGUCCGAGGCCUCAUACAUCCACAGCCUGUCGGUGGCCGUGUGCCACUUCUUAGGCUCGGCCGAGCUGAGUGAGUGUCUGGGGGUGCAGGACAAGCAGUGGCUGUUCUCCAAACUGCCCGAGGUCAAGAGCACCAGCGAGAGGUUCCUACAGGACCUGGAGCAGCGGUUGGAGGCCGAUGUCCUGCGCUUCAGCGUGUGCGAUAUUGUGUUGCACCACUGUCCGGCCUUCCGCCGCGUCUACCUGCCCUAUGUCACCAACCAGGCCUAUCAGGAGCGCACCUACCAGCGGCUGCUCCUGGAGAACCCCAAGUUCCCCAGCAUCCUGGCUCGCCUGGAGGAGUCUCCCGUGUGCCAGCGUCUGCCCCUCACGUCCUUCCUCAUCCUGCCGUUUCAAAGGAUCACCCGCCUCAAGAUGCUGGUGGAGAACAUCCUGAAACGGACAGCACAGGGUUCAGAAGACGAAGACAUGGCCACCAAGGCCUUCAAUGCACUCAAGGAGCUGGUGCAAGAGUGCAAUGCCAGUGUGCAGUCCAUGAAGAGGACGGAGGAGCUCAUCCACCUGAGCAAGAAGAUCCACUUUGAGGGCAAGAUCUUCCCGCUGAUCUCGCAGGCCCGCUGGCUGGUUCGGCACGGGGAGCUGGUGGAGCUGGCCCCGCUGCCCGCAGCACCCCCUGCCAAGCUGAAGCUAUCCAGCAAGGCGGUCUACCUGCACCUCUUCAACGACUGCCUGCUGCUCUCCCGGAGGAAGGAGCUGGGGAAAUUCGCCGUCUUUGUACACGCCAGGAUGGCUGAGCUGCAGGUGAAGGACCUGAGCCUGAAGCUCCAGGGCAUCCCUGGCCAUGUGUUCCUCCUUCAACUCCUCCAUGGGCAGCACACGAAGCACCAGUUCCUGCUGAGGGCCCGGACAGAAAGCGAGAAGCAGCGAUGGAUCUCAGCCAUGUGCCCCUCUACCCCCCAGGAGGACAGGGAGGUCAUCAGCGAGGGGGAAGACCACCCCCAGGUUCAGUGUGUCAGGACAUACAAGGCACUGCAGCCAGACGAGCUGACCUUGGAGAAGACUGACAUCCUGGCAGUGAGGACCCGGACCAGUGAUGGCUGGCUGGAGGGGGUCCGCCUGGCAGAUGGCGAGAAAGGGUGGGUGCCCCAGGCCUACGUGGAAGAGAUCAGCAGCCUCAGUGCCCGCCUCCGAAACCUCCGGGAAAAUAAGCGGAUCACAAGUGCCACCAGCAAACUGGGGGAGCCCCCCGUGUGAUGGGCAGCCAUGGCCUGGGACACCUGCUCCACGCCCGGCUCCUGGACAGGUCUGGAGGGGGCCUGCAGUGUCUCCAUGCCCCAAGAUGCUGGCACUGGGACUUCUGUCCCGAGACCUGGCGUUGAGAGUACAGGCUGGACACAGGAGGGGCUCUCCCCUGUCAUACUACUCAGUGUCCACAAUUCAGGGACGAGGGUAGUUUCUUCCUCUGGCUUGGGGGCCACAACUUGUGACCUCUGAUAUCUGGCAAGGGCUGGGGCCCUCUCCCUUUCCUGCCCUCGACACUGCCUGACUCUUGGUCCCUCUGGCAGGGACCUGGCUGGCAAUGGCUCUGGUGCUGCUGGGUGCUGGGACCUGUACAUGUAUAUAUAUCUGGAGUCUUCUGGCCUGAGCCUGUGUGGGCCCUGGUUGCUGUGACCUGUCUGUAAAUAAAGUCCCAUAAUGCCUUU